CGCACUAGGUAGUUUCUAAGCCCGCGAUAAGCGUCUGAAGGUAGUGAAGAACUACACUUCCCAAUGCUCUUAAGCAACGGAAGUGACUUAAGAGCAGACAGAGUUGGAGGGUUCGGGUAAAAAUGGCUGAAUAUUUAGCUUCGAUAUUCGGGACUGAGAAGGACAAGGUUAACUGCUCUUUUUACUUUAAGAUCGGGGCCUGCCGGCAUGGGGACCGGUGCUCCCGGCUUCACAACAAACCGACUUUCAGCCAGGUUCCAUCCCCAAACUUCAGGCCUUUCUCCCAGGAACUUGGCCACGGCCCCACUGUAGUGCUGCUCAACCUGUACCGGAAUCCACAGAACACUGCCCAAACCGCAGACGGAUCGCACUGUCACGUGAGCGACGUGGAGGUGCAAGAACACUAUGAUAACUUCUUUGAGGAAGUGUUCACGGAACUGCAGGAGAAGUACGGGGAGAUUGAAGAGAUGAAUGUAUGCGACAACUUGGGGGAUCACCUCGUGGGCAAUGUCUAUGUCAAGUUUCGGCGUGAAGAGGAUGCAGAGCGGGCAGUGGCUGAACUCAAUAAUCGCUGGUUCAACGGGCAGGCCGUGCAUGCUGAGCUGUCUCCUGUCACCGACUUCCGGGAGUCAUGCUGUCGGCAGUAUGAGAUGGGGGAAUGUACCCGUGGUGGCUUCUGCAACUUCAUGCACCUGCGACCCAUCUCCCGGAAUCUCCGGCGGCAGCUCUAUGGGCAGGGACCCAAGCACAGGUCACCCCCAAGGUCCCAGACCCACCACCGUCCCCAAGAAAGAAACCGACGACGUUCACCAGACCACCGGCAUGGCCGCUUCUGAGAUCUUGGCCGUCUUGCCCUCCACUCUUGACAGGCACAGAUGUUCCUGGCCAGGACUCCUCUUCAAAGCUCCCUUAAUUCCCCAGGGCCAUCUACCCCAGCCUCUGGAUCUUACUGCCCCUCCCCUAAUAAAAUUUCUGUAUUGA